AUGGGUUCAAAGGGAAAGUAUGGAACAGACAAAAGAAUGCAGGAGUAUAGUUUUCAACUUGGUUCCCUCAAACCAGUAUGGGCGUAUCCUAUUCAUCGAAAUAAGGGUAUGGUAUCCAUAAGAGACCCUACGUUUAGGCAAAUGUCAUUUUCAUGGGGUUUACAUUUCUCUCAUUUGGGAAGGUCAAAGGUGCUUGCACCAAAUCCCACGAGGAACGAGUUCCAGGUAGAUGGUGCUCGUUUUUUUGAUGUGGAUGCUUGCAGUGAACUUCUUGUAAUUGCUCGAAGGCUCUCUGGAAUGGGUGGAAAGCAUGUGCUUACCAAGAUGAGCUUGAUAGCUCCAGAUGAAAGGGAAGACAUUCAGCUUCCUGUGAGCACAAAAGCUGUCAAGGACUUGCAUGUCUCCCCUCAUGGAAGACUUGCUCUCUUCGCCUCCUUAGGGAAGAAAUUGUCAGUUCUCAGUAUGGAUAGCAACAAUACCAUUCUUACCUAUGAUUUACCGGCCGCUGCUUGGUCAUGUUCAUGGGAUUCUAGCGGUUCACAAUAUAUAUAUGCCGGAUUACAGAAUGGCAUGCUUUUGGAGUUUGAUAUGCGUCAAACUGAUAGACCUGUGGAAUCGAUGACUGGGUUGACGGAUAACCCAAUUCAUACCUUACAAUCUCUUUCACCCCAUGGAACAAUCCAUUCUGGCAUUAGAACCCUUCUGACUGCCUCUUCAGUUGGCUUGUGUCAGUGGAAUUUUGGUGGUGCUGAAGAAAGGUAG